AUGCCACUAUCAAAGACCGAGCUGCAUCCCACUAUUCAAACAUCCCACCAUGCAUCCCACUUUCUACAAGCAGUAAAAAGCAGAAGUAGAGUAAAACCACUACAAUGGACCAAGCCAAACCAACCAUCCAAAAUGGGCUCAAUCGCAACAAAAGACCACCUCUUCGAGUCCCUCCGCCUAGGAGCCCUCCCCCUCAAGCACCGCGUCAUCCUAGCACCAUGCACACGCAUGCGAGCAUCAAAGGAAUCCGAAGGCGUUUACGUCCCCAACGACCUCAACGUCGAGUAUUACUCCCAGCGAGCCACCGACGGAGGCUUCAUGUUGACAGAAGCGACGCCAAUCAGCAGACACGCCGCCGGAUACCCCGGCGUCCCAGGCAUCUUCACAGCGACCCAGAUAGCCGGCUGGAAGAAAGUAACCGACGCAGUGCACGCCAAGGGCGGAUUCAUCUACUGCCAACUCUGGCACGUCGGCCGAGCAACCAUCUCCCCCUUCAUUGAAGGAAGAGACGUACUCGGCGCGAGCGAAAUCCCCAUAACAGGAAAUGCCCUGGACGGCAGCGCCUACGCGGCGUCGCCACCGCGCGCAAUGACAAUCGCCGAGAUCCAAGAAACAGUCGACGAAUACGUCGCGGCGGCCAAGCGCGCCCGCGAAGCCGGGUUCGACGGAGUCGAGAUCCAUGGCGCCAACGGCUACCUGCUCGAUCAAUUCCUGCACGACAACGUCAACACACGCACAGACUCGUACGGCGGCAGCAUCGAGAAGCGAGCGCGUAUCGUGCUGGAAGUCAUCGAAGCAGUGACUGCGGCGAUAGGCGCUGACCGCGUGGGAAUCCGGCUGUCGCCGUAUAACUAUUUCCAGGAUACGCGGGACUCGGACGCGAGCGUCAACUGGGCGAAGCUGUGCUCUAUGAUCGCCGGUCUGGCGGAGGGAUCUCGACCGGCGUAUGUGCACAUGGUCGAGCCUCGGUUUGACGAGGUGCUUGAUGAAAAGGCCAAGAUGGAAUCGCUGACGACGGAAAGGCCUUCACUGGAUGUGUUCCGGCCGACGCUGAAGAAGGCGGGGAUUUCAUUCCUGGCGGCUGGGAACUUUGAUGCUGAAAAUGCCGGGGCGAAGCUGGCGGGUGAUGGGGCUGAUGGGGUGGUGUUUGGUCGGUAUUUUAUUUCGAAUCCCGAUUUGCCGAGACGGUUGAGGGAGGGAUUGCCUUUGGCGCCGUAUGAUCGGUCGACGUUUUACGGGGCUGAGCCGGCGGAGAAGGGGUAUACUGAUUACCCGUUCUAUGGCGUUGAGGUUACUGCGUAG